AUGCCACGUGCAAUAUACAGGAACAAUUCUGGACAAAUAUAUGCAAAAUUGAAAUGGAUUCUUGAACCAGAGCCAUGUGAACCUGGUCCACCUGUACCUCUCACUGAAGACCUGUUGACAUCACCAGAUUAUGUUCAUUCUGAUACCCCUAUAGUAUGGUUACGACAUGCAUUAUCCCUGUCAGAUGAAGCCAUUAAAAGAGCUGCAUUGGAAACAACUGGGCAACGAGACAACCCAAUGUGGUCUAUUGUAAGGAAAUACAGAAUAACAGCUUCCAACUUUGGUGCAGUUCUCUGUUCUAAGCAAAGGCGAUUGACAUUGUCACUGAAAAAACAGCUUAUGUCAGCUUACAAUCUGGAGUCCAUCAAGGCUGUUGCAUGGGGUAUCACUCGUGAAGAUGAUGCUUUGAGAAAGUAUGAAAAGGACUUUGAUGCAGCUGUAGAGCAGUCAGAUCUUAAACAAGAUACCCUGUGCCUGAAAACCAGUCACCCAUACUAUCAUCAAAUUCAAGGCCAGCUACACAUAUGUAACAAAACAUGCUGCGACUUAAUUGUGUGGACAAGAGUAGACUGCAUUGUGAUUAGAAUAGUAAAAGACAUUGAAUGGACAGCAAAUGUUUCAAAGCUGAUAGAUUUCUACUUUAACAUUUUCAUUCCAGCACUGAUGGAAAACUGAGUUCUGGUUUGAACUUCUUGACACUUGGUUUUGUACCUCUAGAAUUUUCUAACAAUGGAAAAUGGGUAAUCAUGUUAAACGUGUUGAAUGUUCCUAAGUCUUAUAAAUGUAUGAUAUGAUAUGUCACAACCCAUCAUAAAACUUCUGGCUUAUAAGACUAUUUUAAAUAGCAAUGAUGAUUAAUAAAAUCUAUGUACUACAUAAAAAAGAAUAUCGAAAUUUAGAAUCAUUUUAUUAAUGAAUUGA